UGGAAAUAUGACCAAAUGUCAGCAACAUAUCUCUUGCUUCAGUCCAAGAAGGCUCGUGGCAAGCGUGUUUGCUUAAGGGUUCCAUGUCUAACAGGGCAUGCCAGUACAGCAGAAUCAGCAGGCCUCGAGUCUGAAAAAACUGUGACAUGUGAAGAUGUGCCAGACUGCAGUGAAAUGCCGCAUGCAUUUGGAUCCAUGGAAUUUUCUGAUGCAGCUUCACUGUUUGAAGAAUCUCCAUUAGAAGAAUUUAUUCUAAAUACUCGCAGAAGAAAGCAGCAUUCAGGGCAUGAUGCUCAACUGGAUGAUAAGGAAUUCACACUGUCAACUCCAGUGACAAGAAAAGUGGCAUCAAAGAAGCAUGAAAACAAAGAGAAUAUAGAUACAGAGUCGGCUUUAAGAAAUGAAAUGCCCUUUGCGUUUCCUGCUCCAAAGACUCCUUUUGCGAAGAGUCAGAUUGAGAUGCAAGUACAAACUAUACCCUGUCAGGCACCUGCCUUCAAAGAAAGCCAGAUCACUACAGUCACCCCAAUUAAGAAACCCACAAACCCAACAAACGCAGAUGAAUUGACAGCAGCUGAGGUUCUUCCUGAAAGAAGGUGUCAUUCAGUGGAAUUAGAUCUCAACCUGGCUCACGUGGAUAGCAGCCAAAAGAAGAGAAAAGCCAAAAUAUUUGGAAGUCUUGAAAGAGGCCUCGAUAAAGUGAUCACAAUGCUUACGCCAAGCAAAAAGAAACGAUCCACUAGAGAUCAUCCAAGGAAACUUAAG